AUCAAAUAAAAAAAAAAACCAGAAAAAAAUAAAAGGGGAAAGUCAAAGAAGAAAAAGAACACAUCGAAAGUGGAAAGAAGCAGAAAACGGAGAUGAAAUUUGGAACCUGGACGAAGAUGGUUCAAGUCUUACUCAUGAAUCAGUUGAUUUAGUUGGUUUAUCUUUUAAAUCGGUCUCUGCCGUCUCUCAUAAGGCAAGUUUACUAAACUUUAUUUCCUACUUUUUGUUUUAAUUUCGUUGUUGGUUGGAAUGCUUCGGUUUAGUCAAUACGAUCACAAACCAUAUUAGAGGAACAGUAUUAAUCCCUGUGGAGGAACCCAUGAAUAGUUCCUAUUUGAUCUAGGUUUUUGUUGCUCCUUUGACUUAGGUUGUUAAUCGGUUGUCUUUUGAUAAAUUAAGUUCUGUUUGUUCGUUUUCGGUGGGUAAGAACUUUAUGGAAGUGAUGAUUUUGUACAUAAAUGACCCAUCUUUCUUUGCUAAUUUGGCUAAUUCGGAUUGUUUAUUUAUAACCCAAAAAAGGUUAAAAGGGAAAAAUGAAAGUUGGCGUGAAAGAUGUAUGCAGGAUUUCAAUGUGUAAAAACCUUUCGACCAUUGGGUGUGGAAAUUCCUCUUGCUAAUCUUUCAUUGUUCACUCGUUUCCAGCCAUUUAUUUUUGGUGAAUGAAAAUGGGCACAUGGGAGACAAGAAGCAUUAAUUGGGACAAAAUGUUUCAUCGAUAUGAAACUAUAAUGGCUGGUAAUGAUGAUUCUUUACGUGUGCAAGUCACAAUGAAGCUAGGACAUAUGUCUAAACUUGCACCUGAAAGUAUCUUAGCUUCUGCGGUGCCAGUCCUCGUUGAGCUGCUGAGCAGGCCAUUUGAUAAUCAAAGUCCAUCUAUCCAGGAAGCGGCUGCCUAUUGCUUAAAACGCGUGGCUUUCCAAGGGGAAGGGAGAUUGGCAGUAAUUAUCGGCCAGUGUGGUGCAAUACCUCCUUUGUUGAGCUUAUUACAAACUUCAGAAGGCCGUCUUCUAGAGGUUAUAUUGAAAUGCCUUCGGAAUCUUGUUACGUUUAGUGAUGGUAAUCGCCUGACUGUGGCUAGAGAUGGUGGAUUGAUAAUUAUUCUUCGUAUGUUGGAUUCUAGCUCUAGUGGAAUUAGGAGGCCUCUUUUAGAGAUCUUAAGUGCAUUGUCUUUUUUGAGAGAGGCAAGACGAGUCAUUUUCAAUUCCGGACGUGUUGGUUAUCUUGUUGAGUCAGUACGAUGUGGCAGCAUGAUUUCUAGAACUAGAGCUGCUCAAGCAAUAGGAUUACUUGGAUUGGUCAAGCAAGCUAGGGGGUCUCUUGUUCGUUUUGGUGCGCUGGAAGCACUCUUGGCUUUAAUUCAGGAUGGGGAUACCUCAGUUAAACUGGUUGCUAGUAACGCAAUUGGUGUAAUCUCAUCCCAUGUAGAUCAUAUUAGACCCGUAGCUCAAGCUGGGGCCAUCCCAAUUUUUGCCGAGAUUCUUGAGGGAUGUGAAGAGCCAAUGGGUAAGGAGAUCGUCGAGGAUGUCUUCUGCAUACUUGCUGUGGUAGAAGAAAACGCGGUUGAAAUAUUUCAGCACUUGGUUAGAAUACUAAGAGGAAGUAAUAAUGAAGCUAAGGCUACCGCUGCAGAUAUUAUAUGGGAUCUUGCCAGUUAUAAGCAUUUGACAUCUGUAAUGCAGAACUCCGGUGCAAUCCCGAUUUUAGUUGAGCUUCUAAGGGAUGGUACCGAGGAUAUUAAGGAAAAGGUUUCUGGCGCAGUUGCUCAAUUGAGUUAUGAAGAGGCAGCGCGACACGCCCUUGCUGAUUCUGGAGCAAUUCCACUCCUUACCCAGUUGUUGGAAACCGAGUCUCCGGAAAUGAUUGAUAAUGCUGCGGAAGCCCUCAUGAGGUUUGCUGAGGAUCCAUCAUUUAGUGAAAGAAUAUGUAGUGUUAUAAGCAGCUCUUUGUUGCGAAAUGUGCGAGGCAGGCUAAUGCAAAUGCGCGAGUCUGAAGCAGCUCAGUUGGAUUCGUCUUUGAGAGAUCUGAGCAUCCAGCAUCUUGCUGGGGAUCCCUCUCUUGGAUUCAUGUGAAUCAGUUUAGCUGUCCAAAAACAGUUGAUUUCCCUGCACAGCCUCUUGCAGUAUCAGAUCAAAGACCUUCUGAAAAUCAGUGUUAAAACCCCAUUCCAUAUUCCUCACGAAAUCUGUCUGGGUUUCCUAACUGUUUCCUCGAACUCUCUGAAUGUCGGGUUUUCGCUGAAAGUGAUGAGAUUUCCUUUACAUGGCUCGUCGCUCAGUUCAGAGACCAAAACACCCAGGGCCAUGGACACCUCCAUUGGUAGUCCAAUCAUGCUGGCGGAAACAUCAGAGAUUGUGAGACAGUUUUUCAAUUUACCAUUCUUGGCCAAGUCAUCCUCCACCGUUCUUUGCCAUUGAAGCUCAGCAACUUGACUUGCACCACCAUACAUAUUCAUUGAUGCAAUGAGUUCGUGUGGUAGCAAAGCACCUGCAGCAAUUUUAGCCUUGCCUACUUUCACAUGGUUCAGGUACUCUUGGAAUCUUUCCUUAUCGUGAAACAGAAACUUUUCCUUGUAGAAUUUCAUAGCCACUGAAGCCACCCUGUGGUAAGGAAUAUUGGCCCAGUCGUUGGCGCCAAUGUAGACCUCCGGUAGCUGCAAAGCCUUCCGUAAUGGAACCAACACUUGCUUCCUCAAUCAAUCCCUGACGCGAUAGGCAUAAUGUGCAUCCUCAAUCUCCUGGUACUCAGGAUAGGCCUCCCUUGGGAAAACCUUUCGGGCAAUGCUUUCGCAUAAAAGGUUUGAUUUAUCGAACAUGUAAUCCAACGAGGGACACCACUUUGCCACAAGACUAAUCUUCCUCAGGCGCGCGCCCCGAGUUCAAGAAUUUCAUGUCUCUCUUUAAGGACUUUGCAAAGACAUCAGACACCCGUUGGUGCAAGAAUUUGUAAUCCGGGUCGCUCCCAUAUCUUUCAACGGCCUUCUUGGCCUUUUCGAUCUGCUUGGCAUGCCUUUGGAUCCUAGCAUCCUGUUUCUUAAUCGCCUGAGCUCUUAAGUUGGCCUGUAUCCUCGCGGAUCUAGAGGAGGUUGGGAUAUCUCUUUUACUAUUCUCAUCCUGAAGGGUGACCUGAUCAUCAUAAGGCUCUUAAUCUUUCUCAUGCUCUUCUUCUUUCUCAUGUGGUCUUCUUUUUCGAUUCGGCGCACAUCAGGUCCUUCCAAGAGCCGGUGAAGAAUCUCGGGGAAGUCCUUAAAGUAGCCAAAACCGGCCAUGGAUGCCACGUUGGACGCUAGGGUUUUAGGGUGGUGUUGAUGAAGCCACAGUGCGGCGGUGUAGUAGCCUUCCUUAUCAGAUUUGCCGGCACCCCUUACGCUGCGGAGAUUGCAUAUGAGCUUGAGGGUGGUCGACGGAUUGGCAUUCCAGGCGAGUUGGAGGCUUGAAUUAGGGUUUCUCGAGGCGUAUCGGGGACCACGUGGAAGAAAAAGUCCAAGCAAGGGUCUCCACUGGAGAGCAAAGUUGGGGAACGGUUUUCAGUGAAACCCAUUCUUGAUGAUGUUGGGUUUUGGAGAUUCAUGUGGCCGGCGGCAUUGUUGUAACUGGCCGUCAUCAGAUCCAUGAACGGGUCAGCUUUGACGUUGGUGGUGGUGGUGGAGGGCGCCGUUACAGCGGCGUAGAUUUGUGGUGGGCCAAGGAGAAUUGUUUCCCGAGUUGAGAUUAAGGGUUUUGCUAGCAAUUGAGAGAGGUUUCUGAUGAUGAUAUGCUGCUUCCUAGUAGUAGUUAGUAGCGGAUUCAUGGCUCUUCGUGACAACAUGAACAAUUGAAGAUCCACUCACAGAUACUAUUAGUGAAUAAAAUUUCCCAAUUUCAGAUAGCUUAUUAUCACAUGAUCAUCUUCC